GAACUAUCGCCUAUUUGGCGGCAUCUUUCCUCACAGAAGGCAUCCUACUCUAUUCUGUGUCCCGAGCAGUGUGGAAACACCGCGACGCCCUCUGCCAAGUUAUAGCAGCCGGCUGGUCUCAAUUCAAAAGCUUUCCCUAUCGGUGUGCCACGCCCGUUAGCGACGCUGACAAGAAAGUCAUGGAAGGAGUUUACCAGUUUAGGUGCUGGGUUGCGGACCGCAUGGCAACCUAUUUGCUUGCAGUCCUGGGUACUGCAGUCAUGACAAACCAGUUGAUUUUAUUGCAGCGCGGAACAGGCUGGGUGUCAGAAGGCCAGAGUUGGGCAGUGCUUGCGAUGUUUGCAGGGACAGCGAUGAUGAAGGUCGUGCCGGGAGGCAUUGCAUCAGUGGGACUGAACGCAUUCUACCUCUACUCCUGCCUGCUUUGCAUCGUCUACGUCUCUAAGUACAGCGUUCCUACCCAGUCGUUCGCCAUGUUCUCGCUGACGGCAACGGCUUUUAUUCGCAUGCCUUUAGUGCUGUUUCCCACCCGCAUCAGCGUGGUCCUCCUUGCAAAUGCAUUGAGCAUCGUCCAUGCUUUUUUGCGAGUCCUCACUGACGACUUUGUGGAUGGUGGCAUGUUUGCGGUGAGGCAGGAGUUCCUACUCUUUCUGAACAUUGUUGGCUUCAGUAUGAUCAUGGACCGAAUCUUGCAACAAAAGGCCGAGUUGGAACUGGAACGUGGCAAAGUCGCCUCCCAGCUGUCUGCCGCCUCGUCAUUAUUGUGCCUCACUUGUGAUGCCGUGAUUGAGCUAGACAACAAUCUAUGCUUGACAGAAGACUCACCGGAGCUGGCCCACAUGCUAAUGAGAACUGGACCCCGGGCAGACUUGAAAGGAGCCAACUUUUUGGACUUCAUGGCCCAGGAUGAAGCGGUGCGAACCCAUAGCUUUCUGGAAUCGGAGGAGAGGCCCUCUGGAAGUUCUCUGACUCUUAGCCCCAAACGGCACAUUACGGCAAGAGCCUUUCACACGCGCUGCUUGGAUGGCACUUAG